CGCUGUGUACGAUGAUUCUCUCUCCUCCUCACUACAAAACUAUGUGUAUUUACUACAAUGUGAAUAAUUUUUAGUGAGUCAGUUGAGUGCGGAACAGCGACGAAUUAACUUCGUAGUGCAUAAAUUUUCGUGUCAAAUAAUGGGAAAUUUCGUUCCCGGUCGUCGUUAAGGAUAAAUAAAUUGACGUUAAUCAAAAAAAAAAAUGUCAUAAAAUAAUAAUCAAGGAAACGAACACAGAAGAAAAAAAAACAUAUUAAUAAUUUAGUUGGAAAAUUCUCGAGAUGAUUUCUGAUCAAGUUGCUUAAAGAAAAAAAGGAAAAAAAUAAUCUUAAUUAAGUGGAAAGGAUCAAAGUUCAAUCAAAGAAAACUCAAAAGACUCGAGACUCAGAUAGGAUAGAAAUUAUUAGUUAAUUAAGCGAAGUAGUAGAAGUAAGAAACGUACCAAGAUGAUGAUUGGUCCCAGUUUAUCGCAUUUCAGCAAACUCCUGCUCACCCUUUUGUUCGGACUGAUUUCGUGGUAUUUGUACAUGGAUGUCUUGCUGUAUUUGCGAAUCCAUAAUUAUCCGAUCGAUCGGAAUUAUCACUUCAAUACAACGAUAUUGUCGCUGCCGCCUGCCAUAUCGCAAGCAACUUCUAGCAGUAGUGUUAGCAAUAGUGGUUAUCCUAGUUCUAGUGCAUCCAACACCUUCACGAGUAGCGGUACAAAGCGUGCCUUAGCGACAUCCACGUCGAUCAACUACAACCGACUUGCCACAAAUGUGGAUUAUGCGGAUGUUGUGUGGGUCCCGUGUGACAUCAACCCCUUGUGUGAUGUCACUGUGAAAGCUGUGAUGCUCGAUCAAACGAAUCAUUAUCUUUUUGCGCCGAUGGCUACGAUUUUCGACAACAUCGUCGGCAUCUCCCGAUCGACCUGGAUCACGGCGAACAUGAUUUCCUUCUUUCACGUGUUUGUGGCGAUUCUCGCGGGACGAUUUAUCGCUUCCGACAGUUUGGGAUUCAGGCGUUUCGGUGUCGUCCUCUUUCAAUUCCGAACCUUUUUGGAUGACUUGGAUGGGCAUGUAGCACGUGCCAAGAAGAACAUUCGCGGAGAAAGAUCUGAAAUUGGGACUCCUGGAUAUUAUAUCGAUGGGAUAUGUGACGGACUUGGAUGUAUUGCCCUCAUGAUUGGCGUCUUUGUUUAUCUGAGAAAUAAUCCGCCGCGACGAGGAUAUACUCAACUGCAGUCCAUUAUCCCGAUGACAGAUGCGAAAAACUCCGAUACGGGCGUCAUUUACAAAGUCAAGGUCACAACGAAGAAAGUCGUGCGGAAAGUUUUGUGCUUUUCGGGACAACUCCUGUUGUCGUCUACCGCCUGGAAUCGCUACAUCGCUCUCUAUCAGGACAUGUUGGAACUCAAUGACGUCACGCCGACGCAGUACCUCCGACAAAAUUUCAUCUUCAAGUCGAAUCACUUCUUUUGCAUCGCCUGGCUUUGGCGCAUCUUUAACGUGCACGCACUCUUGCACUGCUUGCUCCUCGGGAUUUUCUGUGAUAAAUUGUGGGAAUUUUUACGCAUGAUUCAGUAUGCCGGCUACGUGGCGAUUGUCGUGAUUGUUUGCAUCACCGAAAUGCACCUUCUCGACGUACAAAAAUUCAUCUACAAACAACUUACUCCAGCCAACAAUACGUCACUGUGAUUUU